AUGUCUGCUUGCAACACUUUCACUGAACACGUCUGGAAACCUGGUGAAUGUAAGAACUGCUUCAAGCCCAAAAGCUUGCAUCAGUUACCCCCAGUAUCUGAAAAAAAACCCCUCUCACAUGGAAAUCUGAAAUCCAAUGCAAACCAAAGUAACAGCCAUCGUGGGAGAAAUACAGGAAAUUUCCGACCACCUGUGGCAAAGAAACCAACUAUAGCUGUGAAACCCACCAUGAUGGUAGUAGAUGGGCAGGGUGUAUGUGGCGAAAUCAGCACACCAGAUCAUUGUGAGAAUAAACCAGUGCCUGCAGGUUGGAACCGAAACAAAGCUGUUUUGAACAAAAAACCACUGAACAAUAAUAAUGAAGAUGAAAUUGAGGGUUACAGCCACGUUCAUAAGCCUUAUGGCAACAAUGAUGGUGUAGGUAAGAUACCAAAUAACAAUAAUAAUGGACUGACAGAAGUUUUGAAGGAGAUUGCAGGUUUGGAUAGCACACCUCAGCUAACUGGAAAUGAAAUGAACUCCAGAGAAACCUUCUUGGGAAGAAUAAAUAAUUGUUACAAAAGAUCGUUAGAAAGAAAGAUCCCUCCAAGCUGCAUGAUGGGUGGAAUGAAGGAUUCACACAGUAAGCACGUUAUUCUGAGUGGAAGCACCGAAGUAAUAAGUAAUGAAGGUGGACGGUUCUGUUAUCCGGAGUUCUCUAGCGGAGAUGAGAGUGAGGAUGACACGUUUUUUGGCAGCAUGCAAGAAGAGCACGAGAGCUGGGAUGAAAGUGACGAAGAGUUGCUAGCAAUGGAAAUUCGCAUGAGGGGCCAACCUCGCUUUGCUAAUUUUAGAGCGAACACCCUAUCGCCUGUUCAGUUCUGCAUUGACAAAAAAUGGAAUACUGUGCCCCUUAGAAACAAGUCUCUCCAGCGGAUCUGUGCAGUAGAUUAUGACGACAGUUACGAUGAAAUUUUAAAUGGUUAUGGGGAAGAAACUGUGAUUCUUUAUGGGCAAGAGAGCAUGCAGAGCAUGGUGUCUUCUGAUUCUACAUCUCCUGAUUCUUCUUUGACAGAAGAGUCUCGUUCUGGAACAACCAGCAGUUCUUCACAGAAGCUCUGCAAUGGAGGGUUAUCUCCUAGUACUCCUCAGGACCUCAAAUUGAUUGAACCAGAAUAUGAAAGUCUUUGUGAUAAUCAACAAGUGAAGGAUGUGUCAAAAGCUCCCAGAAAUGUUCUGAAAAGUCUGGAAACUCACAAGGCAGUCCUUGCGCUUCGACUGGAAGAGAAGGAUGGCAAAAUUGCUGUGCAGACUGAUAAGCAAGAGAAUAAAAGUUCUUCGGAUGUUGCUGGUCAAGCUGUAACUAUAAAUUUGGUGCCUGUGGAAGAGCAAGCUAAACCUUACAGGGUGGUGAAUAUGGAACAACCAGUUUGCAAGCCAUAUACCAUAGUAGACGUAUCAGCUGCCAUGACCAAUGAAUGUAAGGAGAAUCAGACUGAAACCUCAGAAACCAAAAAUACAUCGUCUAACCCAAGCUCGCCAGUAACUCCAGGCACACCUAUUACAUCCUCUGCAGCAUCGCCUGUACGCGUAAAUGCUAAUCUGAAAAAAUCCAGUGCAAUCAGAUAUCAGGAAGUGUGGACUUCUAGUACUAGUCCAAGACAGAAGAUACCUAAAGUGGAGUUACUUGCUAACAGCUCAGGACCUUCUGUUCCUCCCAGGAAAACAAGCCACAAGUCAGCUCCUACUUCACCUACAGCUACAAACAUUUCUUCAAAAACUAUCCCGGUUAAGUCUCCGAAUUUAUCUGAGAUAAAAUUCAACAGCUACAAUAAUGCUGGCAUGCCACCUUUUCCUAUUAUCAUUCACGAUGAGCCCACUUAUGCCAAGAGUUCCAAAAAUGCUGUUAAAGUUCCUAUUGUAAUCAAUCCAAAUGCAUAUGAUAACCUGGCUAUCUAUAAAAGUUUUCUAGGGACCAGCGGAGAGCUAUCCAUCAAAGAUAAAACUACUAGUAUAAUAAGCCACACAUAUGAAGAAAUAGAAACAGAAAGCAAAAUGUCUGAAGCCAUAGGAAGCAAACCCACUGAAUUUUCCCAAGUGAAGGGGGUGACUAAUAGCUCUGAAUGCAGGCUGGGUUCUGUGGCUCAAAAGGUCCAAGAGUUUAACAGCAGCCUCAGUAAAAGUCAGAUAUCACCACAGAGAAGCCAUAGUUCUGACCACAGCUCCCCAUCAAGAAUUCAAAAGACAAUACAAGAGCCUGCAGCAAAAAUAGACGUAACACCAGAGGCUUCUGUUGGCGGCAGCAGCAGCAGCAGUAGAGAGAAUGCAAGCACGGUGCUUUCACAGAUUGUGGCUUCUAUCCAGCCUCCACAGUCUCCUCCAGAAACACCUCAGUCUGGACCCAAGUCUUGUAGCGUGGAAGAACUGUAUUCCUUACCUCCUGAUGCAGAUGCUACUAAGAACACCCUGGUACGACCCAAAUCUCUGUUUACAUCACAGUCUGAAAUAGACUCCUCCAAGACAGUGGAAAACACUGCCAUUAAAAUGCAGAAAGAUUCACUUUCACAGCCAGUUGCCACUCAGUCUCCAAAGCCAGUCAGAGCCACCCCAAAUGCCACAAGUCCCAAAACAGAGCAAGCACCGCCAUUUCCUCCUCCACGGUCCACUUCUUCACCCUAUCAUGCAAGUAACUUGUUGCAAAGACAUUUCAGCAAUUGGACCAAACCAAACAGUCCCACCAGGGCAACAGAGGCCGAGUCAAUCCUUCAUUCAGAGGGUCGACGAGCUGCUGAUGCGAAACCCAAACGCUGGAUAUCGUUCAAGAGCUUCUUCCGCCGCAGGAAAACUGAUGAUGAGGAAGACAAAGAGAAAGAAAGAGAGAAAGGAAAAUUGGUGGGUCUUGAUGGAACUGUUAUACAUAUGCUCCCCCCUCCUCCAGUUCAGCGUCAUCACUGGUUCAGUGAGGCAAAGUCAGACUCCAGUGAGAAGCCAUCGAUUGUUUUCAUGUAUAGAUGUGAACCAGCACAAGCUGAACCAAAGGCUGAUGAUCAAAACAAAAGUGGAGCGGAGUCUGUUAUCGCAGAUGCACUAGCGAAAGACAAAGGAGAAAUGCAGGAAAAGUCUCCAGAGAGCUCCGAACAGAAAAUAGCGAGCCAUUCGUCGCCACCUCAGAUUCCCAAGAAAAUCCCCAGUCAAGUGCCCGAUGACACUACACUGGAGGAUUUCUCCCCUCGUGUUCCUAGAGCGGUGUUUGUGAAGCAGGACAAUGGUGGCAGUGCCUCAGUCAUACCAGUAUCGUCUGUCCGUGUCCCACAAGGGGAGGAAGAAAAGGAAGAAGCUUCAAAUUCUCCUGACUUAAAUCCUUGCAGUGCUACAUACAGCAAUUUAGGACAGUCCAGAGCAGCCAUGAUACCUCCGAAACAGCCGAGGCAACCGAAGGGAGCUUUGGAUGAUGCCAUUGCCUUUGGAGGACUAGUAGAUCAGGAGACAAUGAACAACUUACAGCCAACACCACCUCCACUGCCAAAGAAAACAAUUUUGAGAGCUAACACAGAGCCGACUCCCAGAGAUCUCCAGAAGCAGGCUCUGGAGAACAACCUGUGCAUUGUGGCCAAUCCCACCUAUGAUAUUGACACCAACUGGGAAGCAAGCAGCGCCUGCUCUUCGGUCAGCCUGGAGCUCAAGGUACUGGACAACGAGUCAGGAGAUUCCUUGGACAGGCCUCCAGAAAAACUAAGGGCAACCACCUCAGCAACUAACAGUGUUUCCAGCCUAACCACUAUCAGUAUUAAGGACCGCUGUUCCAAUAGCAUGGAGUCUCUAACAGGGAGACGCAUCUCACAAACUAAGCAGGGCAAAGGUGUCCAGAAGCCACAAAGACAAGCACUUUAUCGAGGAAUUGAAAAUCGAGAAGAGGUGGUAGGUAAAAUACGAAGCCUUCAUGCUGACUCCCUGAAGAAGCUGGCACUUAAAUGUGAAGACUUGUUCAUGGCCGGACAAAAAGACCAGUUGCGAUUUGGGGUGGACAGCUGGUCGGAUUUCAGGCUAACCAGUGACAAGCCAUGCUGCGAGGCAGGCGAUGCAGUUUACUACCCAGCUUCUUAUGCAAAAGAUCCUCUCAACAAUUAUGCAGUCAAGAUUUGUAAGAGCAAAGCUAAGGAGUCCCAGCAGUAUUAUCACAGCCUCUCUAUCCGGCAGAGUCUGGCUAUCAACUUUAACAUCCAACAGGACUGCGGCCAUUUCCUUGCUGAAGUGCCAGUUCGUCUCCUUCCAUGGGAGGAUGCCGAUGCACCAGAGGUGGAAGAAGAAGAGCAGGAGGAAGAGGAGAAAGAGCCUGAGCAAAAGAACAAAAACACUCCUUCCGAUAGAGAGGCUUCACAGAAAGACAGCUCAAGCAACCAGGGGACCAUCAGCAAGCCACGCAGCCGUGUUGUGGUCAUCACGCGGGAGGUCCCGUACUUAACAGUGGCUGACUUUGUGCGAGAAUCUGUGCCCCGCCAUGCAAAAAGCCCAGAUUUAUAUGAGAGGCAGGUCUGUCUGCUCCUUUUACAGCUGUGUUUGGGCCUGGAGCACCUGAAACCCUAUCACAUCACACACUGUGAUCUGCGGUUAGAGAACCUGCUGCUGGUACAUUCCAGACCAGGAGGCAGCCCUCUGAGCUCUGAGUCCAUGGAACCCAGUCCCAACACUGCUUGCCCUGCCAGAUUAAUAGUGAGCAAUUUCUCCCAGGCCAAGCAGAAGAGUCAUAUGGUAGAUCCUGAGGUCCUACGGGAUCAGUCUCGCCUGGCUCCAGAAAUCAUCACUGCAACACAGUACAAAAAGUGUGAUGAGUUCCAGACUGGCAUCCUCAUCUACGAAAUGCUGCACUUACCCAAUCCCUUUGAUGAGAAUCCAGAGCUGAAGGAGAAGGAGUAUACUCGUGCUGAUCUCCCCAAAAUUCCUUGCCGUUCCCUCUACUCUCAAGGGCUUCAACAACUUGCCAGCUGCCUGCUGAAUCCCAACCCUUCAGAGAGGAUCCUGAUAUCAGAAGCCAAGGGAAUUCUUCAGUGUUUGCUUUGGGGUCCACGUGAGGACUUGUUCCAUGCUCUAAGUACCUCUUCCAACCCCUCGCAGAGAGAUGCUGUACUUCAGAACUGGCUGGAUAUAAAAAGGACGCUGCUGAUGAUCAAGUUUGCAGAGAAGUCCUUGGACAGGGACUGUGGAGUUAUUCUGGAAGACUGGCUUUGUUGUCAAUAUCUGGCUUUUGCCACUAUAGACUCACUUCAUCGCAUUGUGAGAAUCAUGCAGCAGCACUAG